UCGUUGUUAUACGGUUGACGAUUGUUUGACAUUUCUUAUUUAUUAAUUUAUAUUUUGUAUGAUUGCGCGUUAUUGCCUGACUCGAGGGAUUUUAUUUUAUGGUUGUUAGCCUAUAUGUAUUUGUCGUUUCUGCUUCUUAUUGCGAGAAAUCAUGCACGUUUUCGCGCUGUUUCUUUGCGGGAUCAAACAAAAGAACUUGAACACUAGUCUACUCCAUUGAAAUAGGGGCCUUAUCAUUGGGUCCAAGAGUUAGUAGCAUCCGUAAAACAUAGUAGGCUCUGCUUGCCGUUCCAAUAAUAUAUUCAGGCCGAAUGCAGUCGAUGGAAGUUGGCAGUGCUAGUCGUUAGGGCAAAGUGCUUGGGCGAUUGUUGGCCUUGGCUCUUACAAAACGUAGGCUAUAUUUGAGAGGUGUUGUUUGCGUAGGCUCAACAGGUGUCAUCAAUUUAGGAGAGAAUCAAGAACUUUGAAUUUCACCAGAAUUGUGUUAAAAAAAGAAUCAGAAAAAAUGCUUUUACAGCUUUAUUCCCUGAUCAUAAUCAGCCUUGACUUCUGCUUCAUGGUAUGCAAAGCGUUAGUCAUGUGGCUUUGCAUCUUCUAUCGAACCCUGUUUCCUGCUGAACUAAAACCUAUUUCUGGAAAGAUUGUUCUGAUUACAGGUGCAGGACGUGGCAUUGGCAGAGAAGUUGCAUUACAAUUUGCACAGCUUGGAUGUUUAAUUGUUUGCUGGGAUGUCAACUUAGAAGCUGCUCAGGAAACUGCCAAAGAAGUUGAAGCUAUCGGUGGCAAAGCAUGUGCAUUUCAUUGUGAUGUUUCACAACAGCAGGAUGUUGAAGAAAAAGCUAAACAAGUAAAAACAGUGGUACCACAUGUUGACAUUAUAAUCAACAAUGCUGGCAUCAUGCCUUGUCAUCCCUUCCUUAGUCACAGCAUCCAAGAAAUUGAUCGAUGCAUUGACAUCAAUGUGAAAGGUUGCAUUUGGGUUGUACGAGAGUUUCUUCCAGGAAUGAUAGAGCGUAAACAAGGUCAUCUGGUUUCCAUGUCCUCAAUUGCUGGCGCAAUGGGGUGUGAAAACGUUGUUCCAUACAGCGCAUCAAAAUUUGCUGUACGGGGAAUGAUGGAAGCAUUGACUGAAGAAAUGCGACGGGACAGUCGCAAUUUAGAUAUCAAAUGCACUACCAUCUGUCCCUUCGUUGUAGACACAGGACUUUGUCAAAGACCUCGCGUCAAGUUUCCUAGUUUCUUACGCGUUACGAAUGUAAAAGAUGCAGCUAGCAUUAUCGUUCGAGCUGUGAGACGUGGAGAUGCACUUGUUUUCAUGCCCGAAUAUGUAUAUUACUUUUGGCUUCUUAUCAAAAUCUUACCAUCCCAAGUGUACGAUUAUGUCGUAGAUUUUUUCGACACUGGAUUGGAACCGCAUGACGAAUGAAAAUUGUCGAAUCUCCUCAAUAAUCUACAGAUUUCGGUCCUUAUCACCCUCAGCCAAAAUUGGGGGUGCUGCUGGUCGCUCAUUGUAAUUUUAAUUGUGUGUGUAUUGUGGGUCCAUCAAUUAUACUGCGCUAUGAAAUUUAAUAAUAAAAUCUGACAUGACCAGUAA